AUGACAGAAAUGAUAAAGGAAGGCUCCACUGAAAACAUAGGAAGCUCCGUUCCUCUUCCGAAACGCAAACAAGGAAAACAGUUUACCGUCAACGGUUCCAAAAAGUCCAGCCGGAUAUCAUCGUUUGGGAACCUGAAAAAUGCGGCAAAGCUUACCAGAAUUAGGUCAGUCGACUCCAUGGGCAGCAAUCCCGGUGGAAAUGAGUCUGAGCGCCCCAGAAUUGCACGUACAAGGUCAAAUGUCGAUCUCAUUAGGUCAGUGAGUAGUGGCCCAAACAUUUAUAGCAGACCAAAUAAAGCCAAGAGCAUGACGAAUUUGCACCUCAGGAAGGCACGAAAAGGCAAGUCAAGCGCAGAUGCAGAAUUCGAUGCUCAAAGUGACCAGAAUAGCGAUGAUGAACAAAAGAGCAUGAGUAAUAAGGACAAUGAAGAUUACGAAGACUACGAAGAAAACGAAGACGAAGAUGAUUAUUAUGUGGACAGAAGGACUGGCAGCAUUGCCACAGACGAGAAAAAAGCUAACGGUGAAGGUGUUUCUUCAAAUACAAAUACUUCCAAUGAAGAGAACACUCAAGUGGGUGCCAGAGAUCAAAUCUUGGAACAAUUGAAAGAAAACGUGGCAGAAAUGAAAAUUGACAGUUCUCCUCACGAUGCAGCAGAUAAACAGUUUGGACAGGAAUCAAAAACCAGUGAUGAGGACAUCUCAGAGGGCCAGAAAAAUAUCUUAGACCAGUCAGAUGAUUUCAAAGAGGGAGAAAAUUCUCUAAAUAUGUAUAGAAUGCAUUCUGUUCUUUCUCAGUCGACAGGACAGGAACGACAACUGUCAAAUAACCAUGUGGCUUCACGGCAGCAAUCAAGUAACACGGAAGAAAACCCGCAGAAUAUGGAGAAAGAAGAAUCAGGGGAAAACGCUUCUUCCCACAAUGAUUCGAAUACAACUGUGAGUUCUUCCAAAUCCGGGAUGCCUUACCACACUAACCAAGACUCAUUGAUCUUCCAGCAAUCUGGCUUGACAUUAUACAAUCUAAAUACACAGCCUUCCGUCAAGAAUUUACAACUAAGCCAACUAAAUGCAACUAAUAUGAAAGCCACUGCUUCUCACCCAUCCCUCCAGCGUCAGGAGUCAUACCUAUCUUUUGGAGUUCCGGAGAACCUACAGCACCGCUUACAAAUGUCGACUAUACAAGGAAACACGCAGCAUCCACAAAAAGUCAAGUCAUCAUCUCCUUCUGAGAACUCCAAAAGUCGGGCCUCAGCAGAAGACAAAGAACCACCCGAGGAUUUAAACAAUAACAAAGCAAGCUUUGAAGAGAAAACACCUCAAAAUGUCUCUCUGCUUUCCAAGCAAGCUAGGUCAAUGGAGUACGGAGGAAAUUCAGACAAUCAGCAGUCUGAGAUUCUUGACUUGGACUUGUCUUCAUAUCUAUCUUCACAGGAACCUGAGAUUGAAUCCAGGACACAACAAAAGCUAUGGCUUCAAAGAGAGAAUGUUGCCACUUUGAACGAUUUUGAAGAAGGGACUAGUCAAACACCCUCUCAAAUCAUCAACCAAACCACUCGUUUCCAGUAUGAACAGUUGUCGAGAGAAUUUCUUCACAUUAGACGUCAUACAAAUCCUAUGUUGGGAUCUCUUCAAAGAAUUUAUGGUACAUGUAGACAUGAGUCUCAUCCUAGUGGUAAAAAGCUUGAUGUUCCUGAACCCGUGAAAACAGUCUCUAAAUCUAUUAGUAAAUCAUCUUUGAGAAAUUCAAGACCAGCUACCGCAAAUUCAAUGUCAAAAAGUUUAGGACUAUCACUAAAAGAAGCCGAACUUACAGGGGGACCAUUUACUGAAGAUUUGGAAAGCUAUAAUGAUGAACUUCUCACCCUGUGGAAGAAAAGCUGUUUGCAUUUCAAGGAACCACAGGCACCCUCUCUUAGAAGUGGAGCCAACUCAUCAAACUCUUUCAACCAGGGUGGUGUUGCGUUAUCUGCAAAGUAUGGAUACCAGCCAAAUACAAGUGGACAGCAAUUCUCACAGGCUUUUGCGAGGGGAAAUCACACUAGCUUUGGGAAUACAAACUUACAUAGCAAUACAUCUGGCAAUUUCAACGGUUUUGGGAAUCAGGUCAAUCAUUUCAACGGCCUUAAUAGAUCCUCCCAGUACCAACCAACUACGCGAGCUCAACAACAACAACAACAACAACAACAACAACAACAGCAACAACAACAGCAACAACAACAACUGGAGCAGCAAAGACGACACCAAUUACAACAACGACAGCAGCAGCAGCCUCCACUACAACAGCAAAAUCUUCAUCAUCAACUCCAGCAAUCACAUCAGCAACAAUAG